AUGUCUGAAGGUGCUGAAAACAAAGGCCGUCGACAGCCUGGUGGCCGUCGCUUAGUGAAGUCGCUUCUGCGGCAGGUUGUUAUCGAUGCUAUGGAGCAGCAUCCGAAUAGCUUUGGAGAAAUUUCGAUUGCUUACGAUGGUUCGAAUACGUUAUUCUCUCCUUCUGCAUUGCCUAUACCAGACGAUGGUGUCGUUCUCAACGUUCGUUGCAGUGCCAGGAACGGCUAUGGCCUUGAUCCGCCAGGUGUCAACAACGGCUGGUCACGCCCGUUUACAGUUAACAUCGAGCUAGUCAAGGAACUGGAUACAAACUUGCUGCAGACGGCGUUCUCGGACUCGACAGUCAACGCCAAGCCACUGGUUUACGCUUUGGAUACAAUUGCAAAAGCUGGAAUUGUUGGAAGGUAUCCAAGCCAGUGCGUUACGGCUGCGGUGCUCGGGCGUGCAAAAGUCCAGGUGCUGGCAAAUCUUUGUCUCAAGAUUAACGCAAAACUAGGUGGUUGUAAUGCCAUUUCCCUGGAAGGAAUACUACCACUAGUGCACGAUGCGCCUACUAUAUUGAUCGGAGCUGACGUUUGUUACCCGAAGAUGGAGAAAAAUAGUCGUCAGUCGAUUUCGUCAGUCGCUGCGUCGCUGGAUCGCCACUCGUCCAAGUACGCAGCACGUCUCGCGGUCCAGAGUGGACACAACGAUGUCUCGCACCUGCCUCCAAUUCUAUGGGAGCUCUUCAUAGAGCACUACAAACACGCUCGGCGUCAGCCUAAGCACGUUGUUUAUUAUCGAAGUGGAGUGUCUUUCUCCCGAAUGGACGAUGUGGUGCAGGCUGAAAUGCGUUCACUGAGGAAGGCUUUUCGAAUGCUAGCAAAGGAUUAA